AUGACAUCAAAGGCAGAGUGCCAACACGUGGACUACGGCUACCUGCAAAAUGAUGCACGUGCUGUGAAGUGCGACAAAGAGUACCUUUACGUGCUGAAAAAUGACACAGCAACCGAGCACAAGGAACUGAUGUUUUGUGGUGCACACAUGACCCAAUACCGGACAAAUAAAGGCGCUUUUGAGGACAGAUACGGAGAGCAACUGACUGAAUACACGGAUGAAACCAGCAAAAAGUGGUGCCCCCAAGAUGGUUGCCAAAAGCAUAUGAUGUCGAAAUAUGGGGGUGUCUGCAGGGACCACGCCAUUUGCAAGAAAGAUGGCUGCAAAGAGGAAUGGAAUGAAGCGCACGGUGGAUUUUGCGAGCGUCACAAGCCUCCCGACGAGCAAAUCAAGAAACACAAGACAACUUGUUGCGGUCCAAGUUGCCCAACAAAAGGAAGCGGUGCACUCACCGUCUUUUCGCCAGGAGCCACGAAGGAAAACAUCAAUCAGCGUUGGUGUAAACCUUGUGGCGACCCAGAGGUGAUGGCGAGUGUGGAUAGACCAACCACCAAGGAGCUGGACGCCGAACUGGAACAUAUGUCAACAUCCACUCAUGCAAGAAUUCCGAUAUUGGGAUUCAGUUGA